AUGGGGUCUUCCUCCUUUCACAUCAACAGAGGGCAACACCACCUCAAAUGGUCAAAAUCAAUACCUCCUGUCCUGACAGUCGACUCAGGGACCACUGUGACUUUUGAUACAAUCGAUGGUGGCGGUGGACAAGUCACAAAGACUUCAGACUCCAGCGCCGUAUCGAAAUUCUCAGUCGAACUCGCUGACCCAGUUUUCGGCCCCGUCUAUGUCAAUGGCGCAGAGCCUGGAGACGCUUUGGAAAUUGAGGUUUUGGACCUAGAGACUGCAGACUGGGGCUGGACGGCCAUCGUGCCCGGAUUUGGUUUGCUUGCUGCUGAGUUUCCCAACCCAGAGCUCAAGAUAUGGCAGUUAUCAAGGUUCGAAGACAGGCCUUAUGCUGUUUUCAAAGAGGGCGUUCAUAUACCCACACGACCUUUCCUGGGUGAGAUGGGCGUCGCGCCAGAAUCAGACGGCGAGUUUUCCACCAUACCGCCAUACAACACUGGCGGGAACAUUGACUGCCGGCAUAUCACGGUAGGAUCGAAGCUCUUUUUACCUGUCAAGACUCCUGGGGCUCUGUUCAGCUGCGGUGAUGGACACGCUGCUCAAGGCGAUGGUGAAGUGUGUGGCUCUGCGAUCGAGACGCCUAUGCAUGCCACGCUCCGCUUGACAGUGCGAAAGAAUCACGACUGGGUGGCAUCUCCUCACUAUUUCUCACCAGCGCCAAAGCAGAUCCCUGAGUUCGAGGAUAAGGGGUGCUAUGCCGCACUGGGUAUCGAUCCGGAUCUUCAUGAGGCCACGCGCAAAGCUGUCAGGGGCAUCAUCAAUUAUCUGACAGCUAAUAAGGGUUUGUCAAAGGUAGAAGCAUAUAUGCUUGCCAGUGUGGCUGUGGACCUGAAGCUGGCCGAGGUGGUCGACAUGCCGAACUUCGCGGUGGCAGCAAGCCUGCCAUUGAAUAUAUUUCAGAGCGCAUAG